AGCGCGCCCUGCUCCCCGCCGUGUGUCGGUGCCCGCCCGAGUCCCCCGGCCGGUGGCUGUCACUUGAGCUGUGUGCGUCCCCCCCACCCCACUCCGCGGGGCACGGAAGGCGCCUGCGCUGCUGAGCCUUCGGCUGCAGGCUUGGCCCGGGGGGAAGGGGGGGCGAUCGGAAUAGAAGCCCCGUCCCGUGCGUUGGGGAUGGUGAUGUUGCUGGUGUGGCUGCUCUGGCUGAAGACAGUCUGGGGAGACAAGGUCUUUACUGGGUGUAUUUGAAGAAGAUGCUACUGCUAUUUCCAAUUAUAUGAACCAGUUGUAUCAAGCUAUGCAUCGGAUUUAUGAUGCACAGAAUGAAUUAAGUGCAGCAACACACCUGACUUCAAAACUUUUGAAAGAAUAUGAAAAGCAGCGGUUUCCUUUGGGGGGUGAUGAUGAAGUUAUGAGCUCUACUUUACAGCAGUUUUCAAAGGUUAUAGAUGAGCUUAGUUCUUGUCAUGCGGUACUUUCAACUCAACUUGCCGAUGCCAUGAUGUUCCCCAUUUCCCAGUUUAAAGAAAGAGAUCUGAAAGAAAUACUGACACUAAAAGAGGUGUUUCAGAUUGCUAGUAAUGAUCAUGAUGCUGCAAUUAACAGAUACAGCCGAUUGUCAAAAAAGAGAGAAAAUGACAAGGUAAAGUACGAAGUAACAGAGGAUGUGUAUACUUCCAGGAAGAAACAACACCAGACCAUGAUGCAUUAUUUUUGUGCAUUAAAUACUCUUCAGUACAAGAAGAAAAUAGCUUUGUUAGAACCUCUACUUGGAUACAUGCAGGCUCAGAUAAGCUUCUUUAAGAUGGGCUCCGAGAACCUCACUGGACAACUGGAGGAGUUCUUAGCUAAUAUUGGAACAAGUGUACAGAAUGUCCGCAGGGAAAUGGAUGGCGAUGUUGAGACCAUGCAACAGACAAUAGAAGACUUGGAAGUAGCCAGUGACCCUUUAUAUGUGCCUGACCCAGAUCCCACCACGUUUCCUGUCAACCGAAAUUUAACCCGGAAGGCCGGCUACCUAAAUGCUAGGAAUAAAACAGGUUUGGUGUCAUCUACCUGGGACAGACAGUUUUACUUCACGCAGGGUGGGAACUUAAUGAGUCAAGCCCGAGGAGAUGUGGCAGGAGGCCUGGCCAUGGACAUAGACAACUGUUCAGUGAUGGCUGUGGACUGUGAAGACAGGAGAUACUGUUUCCAGAUCACUUCCUUCGAUGGAAAAAAAUCUUCAAUUUUGCAAGCAGAGAGUAAAAAAGACCAUGAAGAGUGGAUUUGUACAAUAAACAACAUAUCUAAACAGAUAUACUUGAGUGAAAACCCAGAGGAAACUGCUGCACGAGUAAAUCAGUCUGCUCUGGAAGCUGUCACUCCUUCCCCGUCUUUCCAGCAGCGACACGAGAGCCUGCGUCCAGCAGGACAAUCUCGGCCACCGACAGCUCGAACCAGCAGUUCAGGAUCCUUGGGAUCAGAGUCUACAAAUUUGGCUUCCCUGUCUCUAGAUUCUCUUGUUGCCCCAGAUACUCCAAUACAGUUUGAUAUCAUUUCUCCUGUCUGUGAAGAUCAGCCUGGCCUGGCAAAAGCCUUUGGCCAAGGAGGCAGGCGUACAAAUCCAUUUGGAGAAUCUGGAGGAGGCACGCAAUCAGGAACUGAAGACUCUAUUCUUCAUCAGUUAUUUAUUGUCCGAUUCCUUGGUUCUAUGGAGGUAAAGGCAGAUGACCAUCCAGAUGUUGUUUAUGAAACGAUGCGUCAGAUCUUAGCGGCUCGGGCCAUCCAUAACAUCUUUCGUAUGACAGAAUCACACUUAUUAGUCACUUGUGACUGUUUGAAGUUAAUUGAUCCACAGACCCAAGUUACAAGGCUCACAUUUCCAUUACCAUGUGUAGUUCUGUAUGCUACACACCAGGAAAAUAAACGACUUUUUGGAUUUGUUCUCCGGACAUCAGGCGGAAGAAGUGAAAGUAGUUUGUCGUCAGUCUGCUACAUAUUUGAAUCAAACAAUGAGGGGGAAAAGAUUUGUGACUCUGUUGGAUUGGCAAAACAGAUAGCACUGCAUGCUGAACUGGAUCGUAGGGCAUCAGAAAAACAAAAAGAAAUAGAGAGAGUAAAAGAGAAGCAACAGAAAGAACUCAGCAAACAAAAACAGAUUGAGAAGGACUUGGAAGAACAGAGUCGAUUGAUAGCUGCUUCCAAUAGACCAAACCAGGCUGGUAGUGAGGGCCAGCUUGUCCUUAGCAGUAGCCAAUCAGAGGAGAGUGAUUUGGGAGAAGAAGGGAAAAAAAGAGAAUCAGAAGCAUAAACUUGCUUUUGCUUUUUGACUGAUUUCCCUUGUCCCCUGGAAUGUGGCACAAGGUAACCAUGUUAAAGACCAACGAGGGGACUAAACUUCAUAUUUCCUUGUUUCAGCUUCAUUUAAAAAAGACUAAAUGCGAUAACAGGUUAUAUUGAGCAUAUUCUCUUAAAAAUAAAAUUCUAUGCAUUAUCAUCAAAUUCUGCUUACCCAAAUAAGACCUGCUUACUUUCCUCUAGUUGACUGCUGAGGAAUCACACUUGCUCAAGAUAUUUUUCUUUGAAAUUGUGAACACUUUUUAUCAUGCACUGUAAUAGGCUGAAUCCAUAAGAAAUCAUCUAUUCUUCAGAAUCUGACAUUCGUGUGUGCUCUCUCCCUUUCUUUAGGAAUGUCUUGUUGGUAGUGAGGGAGUAUUCAACCGAAUGAGCUUAAAAUUUCUUGUAUGGAGACUUCUACAGGUUUGCAAAUGCUCUAACAAUGUCGAGUAUGCAGUAGGAUUUGUGUGAAGUCACCAGGGCAGGGGCACGUGGUGCUGUUGAUUUCAGGGCAUUUUCUGGGCUUGCUCCAUGUCUCUGAUGGCAGUGUAUCAUGGCAGGAGGAAAGAAACUCAAGUGUCUGUUGGUGUUUGAUGCAGUUCUUGGUAUUUUGUCACCAUAUUCUUAGUUCUCAGGUUGGGACUUUACUUAUUGCUGAAGAGCAGUAAGGGUUAGGAUAAAAUUUCAGAAUUUAUUGAAAGAUUUUUGUUGUUGUUAAAACAUUUUAUAUUAGAAUUGACAUGUAAAGGAAGUGUUGUAGAGUGAUACAUUGUAUUUUCUGUAUUGUGAAAUAAUUUUUAUUGAUAAUAUGUGGCAUUUCAGAAGAUGUUCUAUAACAUUUAUGUUUACUGCUUAGAAUAAAAAUAUGCAGUUUUGUUUAGAGAACAUAAUCUUUUAAAUUUCAGACUGAUAAUCCCAGUAUUUUCAUAAUCUUACAUUUUGAUAAUGAAUUGAAUUGCCACUUUAUAUCCACAAAGGCAAAUAACUAAUUUAUGAGUGUAGAAUAAUUUGUACUAAUUAUUGUAAAUACUUUUACUUUUCAAAUGAGUAAAAGCUCUAAUUCCAUGAAAGACUGAAAGGAACUGAACACCUCAAAUAGUGUAGAACCAAGGAAGGAGUUCGCUUGCUACUAAGGUUAACAUGCCCUACAUUUAUUUUCUGUCAAAACUCUUCCUUCACUCAGAUUUUAAUUUUUGUUUAUAGAUUUUGUUUUCAUGUGUUCUACAUGAAAAAGUGUGUAUAUAUAUACAUAUGUAUACAGGUUAAAUAUAUUGAGUAAGGUAUUUUACAUAGUCAUACAUUUAUAGAUUUUCAAGAGGUUAACCACUAAUUUCACAAGUAAUUUUCUCUUAGUUCUGAGUUAGAAGUGGCUUCUGUUUUAGUUUUCAGAAUAUAGCUCAGUUUCACACUCUGUAAGUACAGUUGUCUGUAGUAAUGAGAUAACUAUAUAUAUAUAUAUAUGUUUUUAAUCCAUGUGCCAAAUGGGAGUAAUGGUUAUUUAUGUUACCCAAUAUACAGCUAAUAGGUAGCAAUUUAUGGAGUACAUUUGGUUAAAAUUAAAUUUUGUGCUUACUAAAAGGAAUGCUUUUACAUUAGUAUUUCCUUCUUGUUAAACUAGAAAUUGCUGUGGUCAGUACUUGAUUAGUUGUGGCAAGUCUUGCUUUAAGACUUUUUUAAGAUUGGUAAGGUUUCUGUUUUUUGUUGUUGGUUUUAUUUGGUUUGUUUUUGUUGUCUGUUUGAUUUUGGCAGUGCUGGAGAUCAAACCCAGUUUCUCACACAUGCUAAGUAAGCCCUCUACCACUGAGCUGCGGCCCUAUCCCAAGUUUUCAGUUUGUGAGGUCUUUUCUUGAUGGAAGUUGUCCUCCGACUUCAGGGGAAAUCUGUUGUUUCACAGUAAGAGCGCUCACCAUCAGGGGACAGUUCAGGGGAAAUCUGUUGUUUCACAGUAAGAGUGCUCACCAUCAGGGGACAGUUCACUCACUAGUGCUUUGCGUGGAAGCAAAAAAUUCAGGCCAGUGGUGAGGGUUUUCUAAUUCUUUUUAAGUCACAUUUCAUAGGAAUUCCCACAGUUGCUGUCAUGUCAUAGGCCAGACCAGAAUGUGUUCCAGUGCCCAGGACAUGUCCAGAGUGAGUUGAACGGUUUUAGAUGAUUCAGCCUCUGUUCUGUCACUAUGAAACUGUCUGGGACUCUGCACAUCAGCUUUAAUCACCUCUCCUGCUUAAGGAAGGUUGCUUGGACACUUGUUCUCAAAUGUUAGUGCUGAACUUGUUCUGGUGUACUGUCCUCCAAAAUCUCCCCACUUUUUAGAAAUGAACAAAAUGUCUUUAAAAAGGGAAAGCAACAUAGCCUACCUAAUUCUGCUGAGUACUCUUAUUACCUGUAUUGACAGUACUUGCAUAACUCUGAUAAUAAACUCAAUAGAAAAUCACUUAUUUCUCUAUCCUUGCUAGAGACUUGCUAUAAACUUGCUAGGGACUGAAACUGUCCCUUUGAACAAAGUCCCUCAAUCCCUGAAACUAAUCUUGUUUUUGCCAUGUAUUUAAAGAUUACUGGGUGUUUAAUUUCAAAAGAAUUCCUAGCUCCACAGUGUUGGGAUAAGGAAGUUGUCAUUAUUAUUGAGAAAAGGAUAGUAGGAUGUACAUAACAUUGUAGGUAACAUGAUUCUGUGUGGUGGAUGCUCACAAGCUACUACAGGAACCACACUGCUUACAGUUUGAACUGACAAUGCUGGUAGACCCCGAGAGCUACUAUUUACAAAAUCUUCUGGCAUCGAAAUGAAACGGAAAUACUGAUUUGCUUUUGAUAGCAAGUCUGAACAUUUAGACUAUACUUUAAAUAUUAAACAUACCAGUGUAUGUAACCAGCAAGCGUUUCAUCUUGUUUUUAGCAAGUUUGAUUUAUUUCCUUUUAGAUUUUAUUCUACAUUAAUAACAGAGAUCUGAAGCUAGAACCAUGCUGAACCUUUAAUCAGUCUCUGGCUACACUUGUAAGAAACUAACUUCAGUUGAUGUGAAUACUGGGUUAAGUGAUAGUUAAUGUGCAAGAGUGUAUAUUUUGUGAUUUUUGUAAUUAGUUAAAUUGAUUAACCUAUUUCACUGAUGAUAUUAACCAACUGUACAGUAUACAAUUAAAAAUCAUGCAGCAUCUCUCUUUAAAAUUGGAUUUGUGAUCAUGGUAUAGCUUGUGGGGCAGAGAACUUAUUUUUUCAUUUGUCAAAAUAGGUAUUUGCUGACAAGGGUUCAAGAAAUAUGUUGUUGUUGGAAUUUUUUAAAUGUGUAAUAAAGUCCAUAAUUUUUAUACAGA